AUCAGUCACUAAUUUGAAUCGUCGUUGAAUACAGGAAAAAAAAGAUGAAAUUAUUUGCCAGUUUUUUGCUGGUCACGUGCCUCGUCACGGGAAAUCUCGCUCUCGAGUGGUGGGAAAACGCGAAUUAUUACCAAAUUUAUCCGAAAUCGUAUGCGGACGCGAACAACGAUGGAACGGGCGAUUUGGCAGGCAUCCAAAGUAAAAUCCCCUAUUUGAAAGAGCUUGGAAUGGACGCUGUUUGGCUUUCGCCCAUUUUUAAGUCUUCCUGGAAGGAUGGUGGUUACGAUAUUUCCGAUUUUAAGGCAAUUGAUCCCGUUUUUGGUACAAUGAAGGAUUUCGAAAGUCUUUUGGCGACGUGCAAGGAACACGGAAUAAAGCUAAUUUUGGAUUUCGUGCCGAAUCACUCGUCGAACGAAUGUGAGUGGUUCUUGAAAUCCGAACGCAAAGAAGCUGGCUUUGAAGAUUUUUACAUUUGGCAUCCGGGAAAGCCUCAAGGAAGUGGACAACCUUUGCCGCCAAAUAACUGGAACAGCGUCUUCCGUGGAUCCGCCUGGGAGUGGAGUGACGUACGAAAAGAAUAUUAUUUGCAUCAAUUUGCGAUUGCACAGCCAGAUUUGAACUACCGCAGUGAAAAUGUCGUCAAAGAGAUGAAAAGUGUGCUGAAAUUCUGGUUGGACAAAGGCGUUGACGGGUUCCGCGUUGACGCAAUUCCACAUUUGUUUGAAGUUGAAAAAGAUAAAGACGGAAAUUAUCCGGAUGAGCCAUUGUCCGGUGAUUGUACCGAUGAUUCAUUAAAGCAUUGUUACUUGAGUCACAUUUACACACAAAACUACCCAGAAACGUACGACAUGGUUUAUCAAUGGCGCGAAGUCCUGGACACGUACAAAGACUCUCCGCGGCUCAUGAUGACGGAAGCUUACACGCCUCUGGAGAACAUCAUGAAGUACUUUGGUGACGGCAAAAAGAACGGAAGUCACAUUCCCUUCAAUUUCGAGGUCCUGACAUCAACUAGCGCCACUUCCACUGCCAAACAACUCAAAAUUACGUCGGAAAAUUACAUGAAUCACCUGCCAGCCGGACGUUUCGGCAACUGGGUCUUGGGAAAUCACGAUCAACGUCGCAUCAAGUCACGCUUGGGAGGCGAGGCGCGUGCCGAAGUCUUCAACUUUUUCCUGCAAACGAUGCCGGGACAUGCCAUCACGUACCAGGGCGAGGAAAUUAUCAUGGAAGACGUUCACAUUUCGUGGGCCGAGACGCAAGAUCCGCAAGCUUGCAACACCAACUCGACUGUUUACGAUGAAUAUUCACGUGAUCCAGCAAGAACGCCGAUGCAAUGGAAUAACAGCACGAACGCUGGUUUCAACAACGGAACAAAAACCUGGCUGCCUGUUGGUUCAAACUACAAAACUUUAAACGUCGCUUUGCAAGAAAGCGCUGAAAAUAGUCACCUGAAAAUCUUUAAGAAACUCGUUCAAUUACACAAAUUACCGGCUUUCCGUGAAGGAUUGUACGAAAGCGCGAAUAAUUUGGAUGAAAAUAUUUACUCUUACAUCCGAACUCAUGGCGAGGAAUCGUAUUUGGUGGCCUUGAAUCUGGCGAAACAAAAUAAAACGAUCAACUUUGGCAACGUUUUUCGUCAUUUGAAGCCAUCUGGAGAAGUGGUCCUAUCUUCGUUGAAUUCUAAAAUUGCAGAAAAAACGAAGAUUGUGAUGCAUGAUAACGUCGUUUUGUCACCGGAAUCUGCACUUGUUGUUAAAAUGAAUGGAGCUUCUACGUUAAUUGUUAGCACAAUUGCACUUUUAGCUACUGUCGUGAUGACUUUUUUCAAUAAUUUCAUGAAUUAAUGCAGUUUUUUGUUUAAAAAAAUAUUGUUUUUGUUCAUUUUCUAGUAAAAUUCAAUCUUAAAUUAUCUUA